AGUUACUCGCUUAUUUCAGUUUUUCGAAUAAUACUAUCGAGACUUCAUCCGUUCUCAUUUAAAUCGCAUUGGAGGAUGGGAUCUUGUUCCUGCGAAGGGGAUUCAUUUGAGGAAUCCUUUUGUACAGAGGGAGGUGACAAAAAGCUUGGUCGUGCAAAAAAACGGAUAGUGGUCUCUUGACGAGUGUACGAAAUAGCACUGACUUGCAGAGAAAAAAGCGACAAUGCCAAAAUGCUGAUGUUGAGUGAACUUGGUGAGAGAGCGGAAAGGGAAGACGAUGAAAAACAGUUAUUCGAGUUAUUCUUUUCUGAAAAAAUUUCCUUAACAAAAUAUACGUCGAAACCCAUUAAGAGUCAGGACGAUCAGCGCUAGGGACCUGCUAACAACCAAUGUGAAUAGGACAAUGUCGAAGUAGAAUUGAUACAACGACCACGACGGACAAGAGCCGGUCUCCUUGUCUAAACGUCGACAAAAACAUGGCCUCAACAGUCGAGCAAGCUGUGGCUCCUCAGCCUCCUCUGAGAGAGGAAACGGUAACCACAGUUGCGCCAGAAAAAAGCAGUAGGCCAAAGAUAAAAUGGACAGCUGGAGGAGCUUCCAAGCUUGCUGGGGGCUCAGGAAUUGCAGGUGCGGGAGGAAGUGUGUCAACCUCAACAUCGGCGGCUACUAGGAAUGCUGUGAACGGAGCUGCAGGAGCUAAUCCAACAACUACGAGUGCGGCACUGCGUUCGGCUUCUCCUGCACGAUGGGGCACACGUCCCAAGGGAGUUGGGGGAAGUGGCUCUUCAUCUGUAACUACGGGUGUUACAACUACUACAGGAGGUUCUGGCGGAGGAGGUUGUUCUUCUUCUAGUAAAGGUGAUGACUCUGUUUCUUUCAUGAAGGCGAGUAGGAAGGAGACGAGAAAGAGAUUGGAUGAUGAAGAGUUCGAAUCCUUGAAGAAGUUUUUGGAUGAAACGGUGAAUUGUACUAAGGAUGGUACAACUUCUAGAAGUUCUCGAUUACGUAUGCGAGAAGCAAGAAAGUGGGGAGCACCAUCAUCAAAACAUCGUAAAAUGCUCGAGAUGGAUGGGGGCGAAGAAGUAAAGGUGGCACCAUCUAAGAGGGGUGGUGGAAAUAGCAGUGGCAGUAGUUUAACGUCAACUAAACAGGAAAGUAGCACAGGUGGAAGUGAAGGAGGUUCUGAGACAGCAACUAAAGCUGCUCGGGGUCGUGCAGGUACUACAUCAAAAGGUAAGCCUACAACGAUGAAGGGAGCGCGCAUGACCGAGGACUUGAUCGCGCGUUCACUGACAUUCAACACUUCUAGUACGACUGGCGGAAGUUCUUCUUCAUCAGGUGACGGUCUUUCCAAAUCUUUCGCCAACUGUACCCUGAACAAAUCGCAACUUGCAAAUGCGAUUCCGUCUGCUUCUUUAGUCCUCCAGUUUGGCUUUUUCACUCGUAUCGAAGGUCUCGACAAAGCUGCUGCCCCACCCAUGGUGAAUCUUGUCAGGUUAGAUCUCUCUUGUAACAACAUCCGCAGACUUGAGAACCUCUCAACACUCACGAAGUUGCGGGAGUUGCGUCUAGCGAGUUGUGACAUCCGAAAAAUGGAGAAUUUGGAUCAGUUGCAACAAUUAGAGCGGUUGGAAUUGCAGUUUAACCAGAUAACUGCGGUAGAGGGGAUUCGGACAUUGCGGAAUCUGAAGUUGUAUGGCUCCGGUAUUUUUGGUAUAGCCUGAUUUUGAUCAUAAGGGAAAACAAGAAGAGAACCCUUGUGAUCAAAUUCAGGCUACCAAAUACCGGAACCAUUCAGAAGUGCCUGAAUCUGGAGAAGAACAAGAUUGACGCUAGAGGCUUGAGGGUCAGGGAGAAGUUUGAGGAAGUAGACGGCGCGGCAGAACUGGCAGUAGCAGCUGCAGGAGGAAAGAAUGACGAAGAAGACGGUGGAGCUGAUGAGGAGGAAGAAGGAGUUGUCGAAGAAGGCGAGGAGGAUACGAAGGAACAACAGAGUCAGAGUCUUCAAGCACGCAACAAAGCACUAUCCGCUUCUAAGAAGCCAUUCUCCACAGCAAUGGGAACAGGCGUCAACAACCCCGCUAUUGAUAACAUUAAGGCUCAACAACUUUCAGUGGUCACCAUUGAGAUUGGAGUCACUGAGGUCGAAGAGGCGACCCCUUGAGAGAACAGGGGAAAACUAAGGCAAAGGGGAGAGCUUUGAAGGGGGUCUCUUCCGUUCAGAGUCAUGAUGACCAGACUGACUGCGCGCUGAGCUUUAAUAUCAAGAACAAGAAAAACUCCAGCACAGUCUCUUCGACCUCCUCUGCCCGCUCUAGGAAGGUCUUCAAAUCCGUCUUCCCGCCUUCGUUGCAGGAACUACAACUCUCCUACAAUCAGAUCAGCGAUGUGGCGAACUCUUUGCUCUGGUUACGGAACCUGCGUGUUUUGACGUUGAAUCACAAUCGAUUAGGCCAGAUGGAACAUCGAGGAGCCGGAAGAUCUACUGCUACUACAUCUAAUAUUAUGUUGAGGAGUACAUCUAAUUCUAAUAUGUCGAGUAGGUUAAAGGUGCUUUUCUUACCGCUUUUUAUGCCUCUCCCAAGGGAGAAAGGCACAGCAAGCGGGGUAAGCGAGCACCAAAAAACCUAUCUCUAAAUCUAUCGCGUCGAGGAGUUGUUCUGCAUCAUCUUGUUCAACAGGACCUUUCAUUGACCAAGCCGAGACGAACAGUUUUGAUGUAGUGCCUGUAGUCAGAGCAGUAGAUCUAGUUCUAGAUGAGCUUCAAUCGGAAGUACCACGACACGCACAAGACGAUUCUUUCGUUGCCCCGCAAGGAGACGAGGAAGAAGAAAAUCGGCUACAACCUGAAGACGACAUCAAUCUUUCAGAAGGAGGUGAUGCUACCAGUACCACCAGUGGCACCACAUCACGAUCUCGUGCCAACUCUAUGGCGACUGGGUCUACGGCUGCAGCUUCCUCUUCCACUAGUAGGAACGCUAACGUGAACAAGCUGAAGCAACAUACAGCCGCGACUUUGGAGAAGAUGAAUAAGAACAAAAGUUCUAGUAGAUUCUCUGCUAGUUUUGGUGGUGGAGGCGCACCAGGAGGUUCAUCAUCAUCAGCCUCUUCUUCGUCGAUCUUUUCAACAAAGCCUUCUCUUUUAAUUAAGGGUUUCCGAAUUGCAUUCCUCACUACCAUUCCUGACUCUGUUUCUAGUAGAAAAUAAGAGGCCAGGAAUUAUGUGCUGAAGAGUGUAAAAAUUCCGUACCCUCAUCUAAUUUAGGCGAACUUCUGGCCGCGCGUGCGUCCAAACUGCCUUUGGAUCGGGCAUUGCGGAACUUGACGAAGUUGCAGGAACUAGAAAUUGACGGCAAUGGGCUCAGGUCGUUAGGUUUUUUGACGACCGCGAAAUCACCGGGAGAGUUGGGGAUUGCUGUGAAUGGAGGCGCUUGUUCUGCUGGGGAUCAUGUUGUAGUGGUUGGAGCGAUGAAAGCAUCCUCAGCCUCGUCAACCUCCGCAGCUUCCUCCGCUUCUAGCAGUACAACUUCACUUGCUGCAGUUGCAACUGUGACAAGCAGCAGUGCAUCUUCUGUAUUAUCUUCAUCAACCGCACUAGCCUCCGGCGACUUGUCUGCUGGAGGUGGAAACGCUCUAGUCCCUGUUCCCACACUCCCUUCCCUUGUCUCCCUCAGCGCCCAGCAGAACGAGAUCAAAGAUUUGGCUGGUUUUGACAUCUUUAGCACCUGCUCGACUCCUGAGCUUCGUGAACUCUACCUGGCUCACAAUGAGAUUAGAGACUUGCAGAGUAAUCUACCCAGAACAUUGGGAGCUUUGGAGAUCCUGGACGUUGCGGAGAACCCUAUCCCGCAAGAAGAUACGAGCACUAUAGUGGCUGCGCUGGCUGAAGCAUAUGGGGAGACGCUCGCAGAGUUGUAUUUGACACCACCGGGAGGUGGAGGUAUUACGGCAAGAAGAAUCUUCGUAACUCGUUCAACUAAAAUAGAGGACGUUGACCUGCAAUUUUGAUUUGGCACUCAAUCCCUUUGCCUUUGUUUCCCUUAAACCUCAUACCCACCUUACCCGUUUUUAUGUUCUCUAACCUCCGGGGUCUCAGAGGAUUAUUUAAGUUUAUUUUUACCUCUAGUUUCAUCAUCAACUUCAACAGGCUAUUUUCUCUAACGACCCAUUCUCCGGCUUGGUCACGACCAGCGCCACUCCUUCUGCAUCGGCAAGCACGGCAGCUGCCUCCGCGGAAGAUGGAGCUUUUUUUACUACUGUUGACGGGCAAGCUGAUGAGGGCAGUGCGACAUUGUUUCGUGCAGUGAUCACGCAAGGUGAGAAGUUCAAAGCGUUGGCUUUGCUGAACGACGAACCAGUGAGCAUUGUCGCUGCGCCGAAGGAGGUGACUGCAGGAGGUGAGGCGAAUGCAGGCGAGGGUGAAGUGGAAGUUGAUCAGGAUGAAGAGGACGUUGAUUUGGUGUUGGAGGCGGAGGCAUUGAAAAAAUCUAGUAGUGAGCACGGGCAGGAUUCAGAGGGUAAAAAUUCAACUAGUACAGCCGAAGUAGAUCAUGAAAACGCAACCAGGAGUAGAAAGCCCGCGAUACUGAAUUGCGAUCCUUCAGCGUUGUUUGCAGCUGCCCUGGAGGAGACGAAGCCGCUGAAUCAGAUCCUGAUCGAGAACAACAUCGAUGAUGACGCAGCUGCACAACCAUCAUCUUCGAGUCAGAAAGAUGAAGGCAAAAACGCGAAGAAGAACUCGAAGAAUCCAGGUACGACGUCCUCCACUUCGACUACAACCUCUUCCUCAGCACUCCUCCCCACCGCUCCCGUCGACCAGCGUCGGUUCAUGCAGGAACCCGAACUGGAGAAAUUCACUGCUACACUCAGCAACUGUUUCGCUGCUUUCGAAACUGGUCUGGAAGAAAUCUUGUCGGAAUCCACUACCCAAAUGGAGAAGAUGGACCGCGCCCUGAAGAAAAACGAAGAAACUUUGAGGCGAGAGGAGUAUCUACAAGGUCUCAAAUACGAGGCAGACUUGAAAGCGGAGGAAGAGGAAGAAGAGCUAGAGAUCGACGCCCUGUUGGAAAAAGACGCCAAGGCGAUGGAGGAUGUCGCAAAUCAGGAGUUUGAACGAUGGAGACGUGAUUUGAGAGCUGACUUCAAAUUGACGGAUAUGGAGGAAGUAGAAGAAACCGUUGAUGGUGGACUUGGAGAUGGCUUGUUGGGUAGUGGAGCGGCUUCUAGAGAGAAGGGCAGUAGUACGAUGAAAUCGAUCAAGAGCAGGUUUAGUGACGCGAAGCCUACAUCUGUCUCAACUACUAGUACUAGUUCAACUUCAUCCAAGAGAUCUUCAACUCUAUCUGGCAGUGCUUUCUCUUCAUCAUUUCUCAGUACCAUCGAUGAAACAGAUACAAAUAACCCUCCAACGACCGCUAGUACUUCGGCUAGUACCUCAGGAGCACUUGAUCCUUCACCCACAACUUUGUUGGAUGUCAAAGGUGCGAUUUCUAUUGCACCAUCAAAGCCGAAGGAAGAUGCGCCGAUAUUGCAAAUGAGCAGUCCAAGUAAGAAAGGGCGUGCUGCAGCUGCAGGCGCUGGUAUAGCAGGGGGAAUGCGGUUGGCUGAGAGGGUACUUGUUAUAAUUAUAUACUCUUGUGGUUUUGGUUUUCGUUUUGCUUUAAAUAAAUCAAAUACAGCAGGACAAUUAAUAAGGCAACAAGAGCGAAAUCUUUUGAUAUCCUUGCUGAAUGGAUCGUAAUGUCCCAAGGUCGAUCUUCAAUCUCAUCUUUUUCCGAAAUACAGGCCCGAGCUAACCUGAUGAAGAUUAAGCCAGCAUCGAUUGAGGCGCCAACACUUGAACCAAGCAUCGCAGAGGAGCUUGCUCGUACUUCUGUUUUCAUUUCUUCAUGCAGUUGUUUCAAAAGAAAUUAUGAUGUGCAUUAUUUUUGGCAUGUCAUUGAAAAAACCUUCGUUAUUUCCAUCGAUCUCCAGGUAUUCGCAAAGAGCGGCCAACGUCCGGCAUUCCUGCAACAUCAUUGGAGGCUGAAACGAAGUUUUUCUCACCCGCGAAGAAGGCGCCUGUAGUUGCAAUAGAGCCGCAAGGAUUUUCUGUGAUGCCGAAGUCGAUGAAGCUGGAGUCAGAUCAAAGGGAUUGAUCCAUUCUCGCUAUCGCUUUUAAACACCAACACAUUCUUGAGUAAACUUGAGAUAAGAACCCACGCACAAGUUGUAUUAGUACCUCGCAAAGGACAUCAUUCUCAUUCUUUGAUAGCAUCUGGGGAUUUCACUUUCAGUGAGUUCUAGUAGUGACGAAAGCUACUGCUGCAGAC